CGUUGCUAACAGCUUUGCUCCCCCCGCCCCUUCCGUUUAUCCCAGCUACACAAGUAGGUGUUGUUAUUGUUGUUGUUGUUGUUGUUAUUGGUUGAUGUGGCAAAUCUUCGAAUACUUGGAGAUACAAAGCUCUCUUCAAAUCUCUGUCAACUAUAACAUUGUGAGCAAAAAUGCGUCGAACCUUGACAAGAGGCAUUUCUACUGCCGCCGCUCGCCACACCCCCUCGGUACGACCUAGAGUAGCAUUCAAUAUGCCCUCCUCCUCCGAGACCUCCAAGAUCGCUACGCGCAGACUCCAUACUACAGCUCAACAUCUCAAACCUGCUGCAGCUCUAGCUUUCAAUGCUGACAAUUACCCUACGACACACGAAAAAAUUCAAGAUGUCCAGGAUACGCCAUACUUUGUCGACAACAAAUUUCUCAAGUCUGAAUCUACACAGUUCAUCGAUUUACACGACCCAGCAACAAACAAUCUGGUAACAAGAGUACCACAAAGCACAGAUGCCGAGCUCAAAGCUGCGGUUGACAGUGCUGUUAAGGCAUUUCCAGGAUGGAAGAACACCAGCAUAAUGGCAAGACAACAAAUUAUGUUUAAAUUUACACAAUUAGUACGGGACAAUUGGGAUAGAUUGGCUGCCAGUAUCACAUUGGAGCAGGGUAAAACCUUUGCUGGUAUGUUAGCAGUGGUUUAAUUUACGCCUCAAAGCUGACUUGCCCGCAGAUGCGAAAGGAGAUGUUCUUCGUGGAUUACAAGUCGCCGAAACAGCAUGCGCUAUUCCUCAACAAAUGAUGGGAGAAGUCAUAGAGGUAGCAAGGGAUAUGGAGACCAGAAGUUACAGGGAGCCAUUGGGAGUUGUAGCCGCCAUCUGUCCAUUCAGUGAGUAUUUGUUAUUUUUUGGACUUGGAGCUCGCUAACAUCCAAUAGACUUCCCUGCAAUGAUACCAUUAUGGUCUAUACCAAUUGCCUGUGCAACUGGAAACUGCCUAAUUGUAAAGCCCUCCGAACGAGAUCCUGGUGCCGCAAUGAUUCUUGCGGAACUCGCCCAAAAGGCUGGCUUUCCCGAUGGAGUACUCAACAUUGUCCACGGUGCUUCGAAAACGGUCGAUUUCAUCAUUGAUGAACCAGCUAUUAAAGCUAUCAGUUUUGUUGGAAGCAAUCGCGCAGGAGAAUACAUUUUCGCUCGGGGUUCUGCUAAUGGCAAGCGUGUGCAGGCAAAUUUGGGCGCCAAAAACCAUUGUGCGGUCUUGCCAGAUGCGAACAAACAACAUGCACUUAAUUCAAUUGUUGGCGCAGCUUUUGGUGCAGCGGGCCAAAGAUGCAUGGCUCUUAGUACCUUGGUCAUGGUCGGGGAGACUAAGGAGUGGCUAUCUGAGCUAGCCGAAAGUGCCAAAGCACUAAAUGUGAAUGGAGGAUUUGAAAAGGGAGCGGAUCUCGGUCCAGUCAUCUCUCCACAAAGUAAGAAGAGAAUCGAAGAUUUAAUUGCUAGUGCAGAAGAGGAAGGCGCCACCAUCUUACUGGACGGUAGAGGUUACAAACCGGAGAAAUAUCCCAACGGAAAUUGGGUCGGCCCCACGAUCAUCACCAACGUCAAACCUCAUAUGAAGUGUUACACGGAAGAGAUAUUUGGUCCAGUACUAGUCUGCUUGAAUGUGGACACUCUUACCGAAGCCAUUGACCUCAUCAACGCGAAUGAAUACGGAAAUGGUGCCGCCAUCUUCACACGAUCUGGAGCAACAGCAACACACUUCCAGAAAAACAUUGAGGCAGGACAGCAAGGAAUAAAUGUACCAAUUCCUGUUCCUCUCCCUUUCUUCUCCUUCACUGGGAACAAGAAGAGUGUUGCUGGAGGUGGUGCAAAUACAUUCUAUGGCAAACCAGGACUACAAUUUUACACACAGCAAAAGACAGUUACCAGUUUAUGGAGAAGCGAGGAUGCAAUUUCUAAGUCUGCUGAUGUAUCAAUGCCUACGCAUAGCUAGAUGUCUUGAUCUUAUGACAAUUUAAUGAUUUUAACGAUCUGAUUUACAAGCGACGUAUGAUGCUAGAAAUGCAUGUUUGUGUCAAUGACUAAUUUUUUCCUGUCCCAUUCCUCCGUCUUC